GCCUCCACUCCCUGGACCAUCUCAAGUAUAUGUAUCAUGUUUUGACCAAAAAUACCACAGUAACGGAUCACAAUCGCAAUCUGUUAGUGGAGACUAUUCGUUCUAUAACUGAGAUCCUUAUAUGGGGAGAUCAGAAUGACAGCUCCGUGUUUGACUUUUUCUUAGAGAAGAACAUGUUUGUUUUCUUCUUGAACAUCCUGCGUCAGAAAUCUGGUCGUUAUGUAUGUGUACAGCUGCUGCAGACCUUGAACAUCCUUUUUGAGAAUAUUAGUCACGAGACAUCACUCUAUUAUUUGCUCUCUAAUAACUAUGUAAAUUCUAUCAUUGUCCACAAAUUUGACUUUUCUGAUGAGGAGAUCAUGGCAUAUUAUAUCUCAUUUCUGAAAACACUUUCCCUGAAACUCAACAAUCACACUGUACACUUCUUUUACAAUGAGCAUACUAAUGAUUUUGCCUUGUAUACGGAGGCCAUUAAAUUUUUUAACCACCCAGAGACCAUGGUCAGAAUUGCCGUCAGGACUAUAACUUUAAAUGUCUACAAAGAGUUUAAGUUGAAUGUUGGAGAGCUGCGGGGGUUGAAUUUGAAAAACACAACUAUCAAACAUACAGUGGACAACCAGCCUAUGUUGCACUACAUUCGAGAUAAAACUGCUGUCCCCUACUUCUCCAACCUUGUUUGGUUUAUUGGGAGCCAUGUGAUAGAACUGGAUAACUGUGUGCAAACCGAUGAAGAGCACAGAAAUAGAGGCAAACUGAGUGAUUUGGUAGCAGAACAUCUGGAUCAUUUGCAUUAUCUUAAUGAUAUCCUUAUCAUUAAUUGUGAAUUUUUAAAUGAUGUGCUCACAGACCACCUACUUAAUAGGUUGUUUCUGCCCCUCUAUGUAUAUUCAUUAGUAAAUCAAGAUAAGCGUGGGGAGCGUCCAAAAAUAAGUCUCCAAGUUUCUCUCUAUCUUCUCUCACAAGUAUUCCUGACUAUACAUUAUGCACCUCUGGUGAACUCGCUGGCUGAGGUUAUUCUUAAUGGGGACCUUUCAGUAUUCUCGUCAAAAGCUGAGCAAGAUAUCCAGAGAAAUUCAGCAAAAUCAAGCAUAAGAUGUUUCAUAAAACCUACAGAGACACUAGAGAGAUCUCUUGAAAUUAACAAGCAGAAGGGAAAGAAGAGGUUGCAAAAGAGACCAAACUAUAAAAAUGUUGGCGAAGAGGAGGAAGAGGAGAGAGGACCAGAGGAUACUCAAGAAGACCCAGAAAAGGGGAAAUGUACAGAGGGUAGUUCAAAAGGCAUCAAGGCAAGUGCAGAAAAUGAAGAAAUAGAGAUGGUAAUCAUGGAGCGGUGUAAGAUGUCAGAAUUGUCUGUUUCAGCAGUGACAGAGCAGAAUACGACUGAUGAAGAAAAGAGUGCUGCUGCCUCUGGUAGUGAAAUGACCAACUGGAGCAGGCCUUUUCUUGAUAUGGUGUAUAAUGCACAGGACUGUACUGAAGAUGAUUACUAUGCUCUCUUCGUGCUUUGUCUUCUGUAUGCAAUGUCUCAAAAUAAAGGAAUUGACCCAGUCAAGCUGGAGAGAAUUCAGCUUCCUGCGCAGCAUGCUGAAGAGAGAGGCUCAUACAAUCAUGUUCUUGCAGAAAGGCUCAUCGGGAUAAUGAAUUAUGCUGCUCAACCAGAUGGAAAAGUUCGUCUGGCAACACUGGAACUGGGCUGUCUAUUACUAAAGCAGCUGGUAUUGUCUAAAAAUGGCAGUAUUAUAAAAGAUGUUCACCUUGCUUGCCUUGAGGGUGCAAGAGAAGAGAGUGUUCAUCUUCUGCGGCGCUUCUAUAAGGUACUUUUUAAAGAGGCAGAUAAAAUUAAUUACUAGCUCUUCCAAAUGGGGUAGACCACACUAUAUGCAUAUAUUAGAAAAAUGUAUACAAUAUUCGGAGGAAAAAAAGGACUUUAAUACCACAAAUUUCAGGAG